AUGAGUCAGUUGAAAUUUGUAAGAUCGAAGAGUACCUCUAGAUCAAAUCCUUUGCGCAGAUUAAAAUAACAAUUAAAGCAAGUUUAGAAACCUGGGAAACUCUAUGUCAGUGUUGGAAGAAGCAGGUAAUCUCCAUAACCCAAUGAAGAAUUACCCAUUUCAACGCCAAGAAACAAGAUGGAUUUAAAAUUACUUUAACUGCAUCAGAUCAAUGAGAAUACUGUUCCACUGUAAUAAUCGGUUGGAUGGCAAUCGUUGCUUCCCUUGUCUCAUGAUGUCAGGAUAAUCAACGAUUCAUAUAAACCACCAAAUUCAACUUAAUACAAUGGAAAUUGGAGGAAUAUUGACAGCAAUUAGCACUACUACACUCAAACCAAUUAUUGUCGUUCCAAACAAAGUGAAAGUGCAAAAACAGAUAAAUUGUAUACCUAUCAAGUCCAAUCAACCAAAUUAAAUUCAUCCGAUCAAUUAUCAAUCUCUGCAAAUGAUUCAAAUACUACUUCCAAAUUCAAUUUCAAUUAAAUCGCACUCAAAUAAAGCUAAAAAAUUAAUUAAUAAUUGAGCUCAGAUACGAAAUAAUGCAGAUUAUACAACUCCACUCAUUCAAAUACCAACACAAAAUUCAAAAAUGAGAGUGAGAUCUCUGAAUAAAGUAACAAAUAAUAAAAAAAUGAAAAAUUUGAAUCAAUCAUUUUAGACAUUUAUCCAACAUCUGCAAGAAUGAAAUAAAUUAAGACUAAACCUAUUAUUGAACAAAAUGAAGAUGAAGAAUUAUAAGGAAUGAAAUGUAGUACUCAAUCAUCCUAAAAGGAAAUACCAAAGUUUUAUAGUGAAAUUUUAUGUGAUGGAUCACUUUUUUUAAAUGGACCUAAAAGAUUUAAAGAUACAGAAAUUCAAACUAAUUUCACUCAAUCUAAUAAUAUUGAAACUACCAAAACUUCUCAAUUGAGUUAAACUUGCAAAUCCACUACAAAUGCUUCUGUUUAAACAAAAUCAAAGAAAAAGAAUUUAGGUUUAUUCUAAUAUCAACUUUCAUACUUAUCCCCAAAGACAGAUAAAAAUUUCUUAGAGAAUGAUUUAAUAUCGUUAGAUGACUUUUAAUCAUAAAUUGUCUAUGAGACUUAACAAGAAAACAAAAACAAGAUGAAAAAUUAACAUUUCCAAGAGAUUGACAUUAAUAAUAAAUCCUAAGUUUCACUUUAAAAGGGUAAUAUUUAUUUGUCAAAUCAAUUACUUUUGGAUCCUGAGGAUGAUUCAUAACCUUUCUACUUAUAAGCUGAACCCAAAGAAAUUAAUUCUAAUUUAUUUGAUAAGAAAUCCAAUAAAUAAAAGAGUAUUUCUAAAGAGUUGGCACAUAAUAAUAGUUGUACAAACCUUUCAAAGGGUAAAAUCGAAAAAAGUGCUUCAUUUUAAAGUGUAAAUUGUUACAAAGACCAUUUAAAAAUCCUAAUAAAUUAGAGUUCUCAAAAUAAUUGUAAAAUUGAUUAGAAUUAAUCUUACUUAGUUUAAGAUAAUAAAACCAAUAAAUAAAGAUACCCACUGAGAACUUCAUAAAACAAUUAGAGUACAAUGAAACAAUAAAAGUCAAAAAUAACAAAAAAAAAAUGA